UGAUCUGCAGUUUUUUCAAAUGCGUUUUACCAACAGUCACAUUUAAAUCACAAAGUAGAGCUAGCUGCACUUUUAUUCUGAAUAUUCUAGGAUAUCAAAACUUUAUUAAAAAUGUGUUGUUGCUUAUCAUUUUCAUUAAAAAAUAGAAUUUAAAAUGAGUUCUAUGUUUAAGAAAACAAGUAUUUUUUUCCCAUUGAUGUAGGUUUUGCUGGAUGUUUUAAAAAUUUUAGAGAUUUGUGUAUCAGAAGACAAUUAAAAUGUGGCUUCCUACAGGAACUACUUUUAAAGCUCUAUUUGUAUUCCUUCUGAUGAAAGAGAUCAGUGGAUUCUCCUACGAUGACAACCCGGAUAUAGUGAAUUUAACGCCUUCAAACUUCAAUUCAGAAGUUAUUGCAAGCGAUGACGUUUGGAUUGUCGAGUUCUAUGCAAAAUGGUGCCCUCAUUGUCAAAAAUUUGCUCCGAACUGGAUUGAUCUGGCUUCAAGAAUGAAGGGCAUUGCAAAAAUAGGGGCUGUGGAUGCUCCCAAGUAUCGUUCUCUGGGACAGAAAUAUGGAGUCAUGCGAACACCCACAAUCCUUAUCUUUGGUGCAGACAAAGAAAACUACAAGACGUACCAUGGCUCAAGAUCAGUGAAGGAAAUGGAAGCUUACUUCCGCAAUCUUGUGUCAAAGGAAAAGUCUUAAAGCAGAAGAUGCUUACUCUUUCAGACUCGAGCAGAAAUAUAUUUCUAAGAUUAUUUUCAACUCUUAUCGAGAGUGUGAACAUACUUUUGCUUGAAUGUAUUUGAACAUCUUACUAAUAAUAAAGCGGAAAGUCUCUCUGU